AUGCGACAAAAAGCAAAUCAAAAGGCCCAACAAGGGGCGUUACGAGGCAAACAAGACGACCAGACCUUGUCCAAACAGCAGGCGCAACUAGAAGAACAGCAAAAGAAAAUAGGAGACGAAGAAGAACGGCAGCGAAAGGAGGAUGGAGAAUUAACGAGGCAAAAAGAAGGUCAGGAAAUACUGCUAAAACAACGUCUCGAGGCCAAACAACAAGCAGAGUAUCAAGAGUUAAGGGAAGAACUAGUCAAAGCUGAGGAAAAGAUUGCUUCCAUUGCCAACGUGGUGGAUGGCGAGGCCAACUUGGACUUGGCAUCAUCCAAGCUGCCGGAAACAUUGGACGGGGAAGAUAAUGAGGGCCAAAUCGAAAAGGUCAAGGUCCUAGUAGAAGAAGCGAAAGCCAAAAUCAACAAGUUGGAGUCAGUGCUGACCUAA